AUGCGCACGAAAUACGGCCAAGGCGCGACGUAUAACUUCAAACUCGUCCUGCGCGGCGACGUGGCGACGGGAAAGUCGACGCUUCUUCGACGCCUGCGCGGAGGGACGUUCGUGGCGGCGUAUGAGACGACGAAGGAGAUAAAAACGGCGCACGUGAGCUGGCGAGCGAAAUCGUGCCCGGAGGACGUCGUGGCGUUGGAGGUUUGGGACGUCGUGGAUAAGGCACCGAAGCGAGACGUGAGCGAUAAUUUGACGCUGGCGAAGAAGGCGAGCGCGGCGGGGAGCGGAGCGCACACAUUUCCGUUGGAUGCGACGGUGAUGGAUGUGUAUCGAGGCGCGCACGCGUGUUGCGUGUUGGUCGAUCCGAGCAAGCGAUGGACGUUUGAGUACGCGAUGCGAGAGCUUGAGAAGUUACCGAAACACAUUCCGAGCGCGUUGAUCAUGAACUUUAGGGAUUAUCCGGAUGAGAAGCGAGGUUUGAGCGUGGGUGAGGUGGAGGCGGCGUUGGAGGACGCGUUCGGCGAUAGGCCGUUUACGCCAGUGGUGAUCGAGACGUCGUUGUUGAAUUGUUACGGUUUGAGCGCGGUGUCGACGUUUUUGCACGUGCCGUUUCUAUGUCUGAAACGCAUGACG